AUGGCGCGCUGCGAGCGGCUGCGUGGCGCGGCCUUGCGCGACGUGCUAGGCCGGGCGCAGGGGGUGCUGUUCGACUGCGACGGGGUCCUGUGGAACGGCGAACGCGCCGUGCCGGGCGCUCCGGAGCUACUGGAGCGGCUAGCGCGGGCCGGCAAGGAGGCGCUGUUUGUGAGCAACAACAGCCGGCGCGCGCGGCCCGAGCUGGCCCUCCGCUUCGCGCGCCUCGGCUUCGGGGGGCUGCGCGCCGAGCAGCUGUUCAGCUCUGCUGUGUGCGCCGCGCGCCUGCUGUGCCAACGCCUGCCCGGACCGCCCGAAGCGCCGGGCGCAGUGUUCGUGCUGGGCGGCGAGGGGCUACGCGCUGAGCUGCGAGCCGCGGGGCUGCACCUGGUGGGAGACCCCGGCGAGGACCUGCGCGUGCGCGCCGUGCUCGUGGGUUAUGAUGAGCACUUCUCCUUCGCCAAGCUGAGCGAGGCGUGCGCCCACCUGCGCGACCCCGGCUGCCUGCUCGUGGCCACGGACCGCGACCCGUGGCACCCGCUCACUGACGGCAGCCGAACCCCUGGCACCGGGAGCCUGGCCGCUGCAGUGGAGACGGCCUCAGGUCGCCAGGCCCUGGUGGUGGGCAAACCCAGCCCCUACAUGUUCGAGUGUAUCACGGAGCACUUCAGCGUGGACCCCGCCCGCAUGCUAAUGGUGGGCGACCGCCUGGAGACCGACAUCCUCUUCGGCCACCGCUGCGGCAUGACCACCGUGCUCACGCUCACGGGCGUCUCCCGCCUGGAGGAGGCCCAGGCCUACCUGGCGGCCGGUCAGCAAGACCACGUGCCCCAUUACUAUGUAGAGAGCAUUGCUGACUUGAUGGAGGGGUUGGAGGACUGA